GGGUGUCUCAUAUGCCAGAGCCAUUAGCACAGCUUGCGCCUCGCUAAUUGACAAACAGAAAUACUCAUUCGCUGAAUUUUUAGUCAUGUAAAGAAUCCCUUAGAAAGGUAUUCUGUGUCAGUUACGAGUUGGGAAGUACGCGCGGCAUCUCGUAUCGUUCACCCUUGAUCGGUGUUGUUCAUGCCUCUUCAGUCAAGAGCCUAAGUUAUUAUAUGUCAAGUGCUGUGACAGUCUUCCUGAUGAGUCACUUAAAAGAAUUUUAAAUUUCUCCUCUUGAAGACAACUUGUUUCGACAGCGGGAACUUGACAAUCGAUAUACCUAAUAUCUUUUAUUGCUGACCUCAAUUUUCGCCAACUGUGGGUCAAAUGCGAACGUUUCACGGAUGGCGGCCAAGUUUAGUUGGAUCGUACUGCAACUGUUCGCCGUAUGGAUUCGAAUUUGUCGUUCUUCUUGCGGUGACCACCUUGAAGGCUAUUCCGGAGACCUUCGUUUUCCUAUAAGUGGAGGAAAUGUUGGCGAAAGUCUUCGCUGCACUUGGACAAUUACAGUGUCAGAGAGAUUUCGUGUAAAAAUUACAUUCACAGACUUUGUUAUGGAAACAAUAUGUUGUUCUUGUACGCAUGAUUUUUUAGAAAUUCGCGACGGGUCUCUUGACAAUUCCACUGUUAUUGGACGAUUCUGUGCAAAAAGGCAACCUAAAUUUAUUUACUCCACGACAAAUGUUAUAUGGAUUCAAUUUACGUCUGAUUUUCGUACCUACAGUAGUAAUCGUUUUCGGCUGUCAUACGAAGCAGUAUGUGGCAGCCAUUACACUGAUUCUUCAGGCACUCUUCGUUCACCAAGGUAUUCGUUUCCUUAUGAAAACAAAGAUUGCAUCUACAGCAUCGAGGUGCCGAAAGGGAGAAUAAAGGUAAAGUUCGAGAGCUUCAGAGUUAAUGGUCGAAUGCCUGUUUGUUUAUAUGACUUUCUUGAGGUGAAGGAAAUUGGAUACUUCGUACUCUCAAAUUCUCAAGGAGAAUCGAGACGUAGUCGUUACUGCGGCAUUAACAAACCGCCAAUUAUUUAUUCUACAAAAGGUAGUAUUCUGUGGUUUAGAUUCAAGAGGUCAGAUGACGGGAAAUCACGAUUCAUAGCUAAUUAUCGCACCAUUUUCGUUGGAGAGGGAACAUGUGGUGGAACCUUUAAAGAUACAUCGGGGUUAAUAUACUCGCAAAAUUACCCCUAUCACUUUCCACACGGCCAAGAAUGUGUAUGGAAAAUUCGGGUGGAUCCUAACAUGCAUGCACAUUUAUACUUUGAUACCUUGAAUUUUGGAUAUAAAAUGGAUGGAGUCUGUGGGUAUGGACAUUUAGAAAUUUAUGAUGGGUCAGAGGAAUCCUCUUUUAAAAUUGGCGAGUAUUGCGGAAAUGUUAUUCCCAACAAAAUCAUUUCCAGGACAAAUGAGCUCAUGAUCAAGGCAGUGUCAAGUUACGAGGGAAAAAACAUUGGGUGGUUUUCUCUGCAUUAUGAGUCAUCUACUGGAAGUGUUUGUGGAAUGUCUAAGUUCACCUGCGCAAAUCGGCAAUGCAUUGAAAAUGAUAAAGAAUGCAAUGGUCAAAAAGACUGUGAAGAUGGUUCAGAUGAAGAAGUUUGUCCUGAACAAACUUCAUCCAAAGACCCUGGUUUUCUAUCUUGGUACAGAUUCUGGCCUGUCAGCAUUGUGGGAGGAAUGCUUAUUGUUGGAGUAUGGCUUUGGAGAGCAUGGAAAAAAAUUAUGGCAGCUCGAUCUGAAGUGGACAGACCUCAUGCGACUACUCCAUCACCAAAUCAUUUAGAGAUGCUCCCUUGUACUUCUGUGGAACCUCCAAGUUACAAUGAGGCUGUUGCUGAAAAUGUAGAGCCUCCGCCCUCUUAUGAAGAAGCUCUCAGAGAACGAUUAAACCCUCAGAAUAGCAUACAAGAGGCUGACUCUCUCAGGGUUCACUCUGACUUAAAUACUGGCAACAUAGCAUUGCCCAGAAAUGUAGGUCAAACGUUGUCCAUGGUAGUUUAUGAGGGUUCAUCAACAAGCUCUCAUGGUUCUCCAUAUGACAGUCAUAGAAAGAGAGGUUAUACUUCUCUACACUUAAAUGCUCAAAGUAUUUAGUGCUCUGUCAGGUUAUAAUAAUAAUUAUUAGUUCAUAAAAAUCAUAUUGUAGUAUUUUUCAAUUGUGACAGAUAGUUCAGGAAAGAUCAGUCAAUUGUUGGAUUUAAUCUGGGAUUACUUUGGUUCUGCUUGACAGCCUACUGCGAUUGAUUUAGAAAAAUAUAGCAACUCUAUAGUCAAUCAGAAGUAAAAUCAUCAGUAAUCAGAAGUAAAAGUAACACCAAUUUAUACUUGGCCACACCCAUUUCCAUGAUCAUGUUUAUUUUUCCAAGUUUUCGUUGGCUCCUUUUGAUAUUUUCCUUUCUUAUUGGCAGCUGUCAAUUAUCUUGGAUUUGGUUUUCCUUCACUCAUACAAAAUGAGCUUUAACUGAAUAUGUUCCAGUUUGCAGAAUAUAUCCAAGGGUUUUUAGUCAGUUUUUUAAAAAAUUUUUAACCUUUUCACUCCCAAGAUCUCAUUAGUAAUUCUCCUUACUGUCUUGCAUAUAAUUCUUAUGAUGAUGGCUGGGAGAAUGUGGAUCAACUUAUAAUUCUCUUACUGCUAUAACUUUCUCCCCAAUUUAUGAAUGAAAACACUUGCUUGGCAGUCAUCUUUCUGUGCUGUUAGAGUUACUGUAAACAGAGUUUCAACAACAAAGAAAGGGUUUGAAAAGAGGACAUGUUUUAGCCAAGUUAUCUAAUGAGAACUUCUGCAUUAAUGAUAGCUUAGCUAAUUUGAAUAAAAUGUAUUGUAAAAAAAUAGGAAAAUUACUAGUUGCCAAAUCUACUUAUAUUUCAUAGUUUACAUAAAAAUAGCAUAUUUACUGUUAGCCAAAAAGCUAUU